AUGUCAUCAAAGGCCUCAAGACACUCGGAGACAAGCUCCAGGAAGCAGAGCUCAAAGUCCAAGUCCAAGUCCAGUAAGACCGACGACUGGUCAGAAAUCACGGACCCAGAAGAGCGUCGCCGCAUCCAAAACCGUCUUGCGCAGCGCAAAUUUCGUAAGAAGAACCAGGACACCAAGGAGAAGGCCGCGCGGGAUGAGCAGAACGACACCAACGCCCACAACUCAUACGCUGUCUCGUCACCGGAGGGUCUCAUGCAGGAGGAAGAGGUGUCUGGCCUUCCCUGGGGAGGGCUCAACAUACGGCACGUCGUGUCCCGGGGCCACGAGUACGAGAGCCGCCGGGGUAGCGGCCGCGGCGAGUACGUGAACGAUGAAACUCGAUACACCAACAACUACGGCACCAAUUACGCCUCAGGGUACCGCCAGCCCCCGAGCUACGGCAGCAGCGGGGGCGAAGAGUACUAUUACGAGGAGGAAUCGCCGUACUACUACGACUACGAUCAGGGAAGUGACCCGAUCCAAGGUCAGAAUUAUCAUCAGAGGUACUACAGCAACUAG